UAAAUUGUCAAAUUACGAUCAAAAUUUCAUUUCCAAAUCAGACCAUUCAAAAUAGAAAUAUCUCCAAAAAUGGACUUUACAAAUUUGAAAAGCCUUAUAAACGUUGUUUCUCCCUUUAUUAUCUUUCUAUGGAUCGCACAAGUUUCUGAAGCGUCCAAAGCAGAAUUUGUAACAUGUGGUACAAUUUUGAAGUUGAUGAACACUGAUCUGAGGCUGCGGCUUCAUUCGCACGACGUGAAGUACGGCUCCGGGUCUGGUCAACAGUCAGUCACUGCGGUGGAUGUUUCAGACGACUAUAAUAGCCAUUGGCUAAUUCGACCUGGUAUGGGAGAAUCCUGUAAAAGGGGCGCACCAAUUAAAUGCAACACAAAUGUCCGUCUCCAGCAUGUAUCUACGAAGAAGAACCUCCACUCCCACUAUUUCUCGUCACCACUGUCUGCUAAUCAAGAAGUGUCUUGUUAUGGUGAUGAAGAUGGUGAGGGGGACAGCGGAGACAACUGGACAGUGGUCUGCAACAAUGAUUACUGGAGAAGGGACACACCAGUUAAAUUGAGACAUGUGGAUACAGCUGCGUAUUUGGCUGGAUCAGGAAGAACAUUUGGAAGGCCAAUCAGUGGACAGGGUGAGAUUGUAGGAGUGAACUCACAAUAUGGCGCAUACACAGACUGGCAGGCCAAGGAAGGGCUCUUUGUACACCCCAGUGAAGCGUUACCACACCAACAAAUAAUUCAUUCCGAACUAUAAUUAUUUAUUACAAAUUAGAAUUAAAUUAAUUUUAUACCA